UAUCUGUAAACUCAAUCCUCACAAUAUAUAUAUAAAUAAAUCACAGAAGAGAAAGCCCAGAUAUCUACUAACUAAUUAAUCGAGAAUUAAGAUGGAAAAAGGGUCGAUGAACGUGAACCCCAGUGAGGAAAAGCAGCCGUCCGCCCUGGAGGUGCAGCAAGCUGCUCCGGCACCUCAGGCACCGUGGUGGAAGAUCAUCAUGGUGGCGGCGAUCGCCGCCGGGAUCCAAUUCGGGUGGGCGCUGCAGCUCUCCCUCCUCACCCCCUACGUCCAGCUCCUGGGGAUCCCGCACAAGUUCGCUUCCUUCAUCUGGCUCUGUGGCCCCAUCUCCGGCAUGAUCGUCCAGCCGCUUGUCGGCUACUACAGCGACAACUGCAACUCCCGCUUCGGCCGACGGCGCCCGUUCAUCGCCGCCGGCGCCGCUCUCGUCACUGCUGCCGUGCUCCUCAUCGGCUUCGCGGCUGACAUCGGCCAUGCGUCUGGUGACCCUCUCGGCAAAGGCGCUAAGCCCCGUGCCAUUGGUGUCUUUGUUGCCGGUUUUUGGAUUCUCGACGUAGCAAAUAACAUGCUGCAGGGACCGUGUAGAGCGUUGUUGGCUGAUCUCUCCGGCGGGAGGGCGAGGAGAAUGAGGACGGCGAACGCCUUGUUUUCCUUCUUCAUGGCGGUCGGAAAUGUUCUGGGCUACGCCGCCGGCUCAUACUCCCGGCUCUACAAGAUAUUUCCGUUCACUAAGACCGAAGCUUGCGACGUCUACUGUGCAAACCUCAAGAGCUGCUUCUUUAUCUCCGUGACUCUCUUACUUUCGAUAACAACGGUGUCCUUAGCAACCGUCACGGAGAAGGAGCUGCCGGAGAAAGAGGGUGACGGCGACGACAACGACGGCACAGGGAGGGUGGAGAAAGAGGCGAAGGCGAGGCCAUUCUUCGGCGAGCUCCUCGGGGCGUUUAAGGGCCUCCCGAGGCCAAUGUGGAUCCUCCUCCUGGUCACGUGCCUCAACUGGCUCGCAUGGUUCCCGUUCUUGUUGUACGACACUGAUUGGAUGGCGAAGGAGGUUUACGGCGGAAAGGUCGGUGACGGCGGCCUGUACGAUCGCGGAGUGCACGCCGGCUCCCUCGGCCUCUUGCUCAACUCCAUCGUUCUCGGCUUCAUGUCGCUCGGGUUGGAGCUUCUGGCUCGCCGAGUCGGCCGGGUCAACAAGCUGUGGGCCGGCGGGAACUUCAUUUUGGCUAUAUGCUUGGGGAUGACCGUUUUGGUAACGAAACUGGCGAAGAAGUCGGAGAGGCACGACGUUCACGGCCGACCCCUUGGGCCUACCGGUGGCAUUAAAGCUGGAGCUUUCAUCAUCUUUUCAGUUCUCGGAAUUCCUCAAGCCGUCACUUUCAGUAUUCCAUUUGCUUUGGCAUCUAUUUUCUCAAGUAAUGCAGGCGCUGGACAAGGUCUUUCACUUGGAGUCCUGAAUCUUGCCAUUGUCAUACCACAGAUGUUCGUGUCAGUGGUGGCUGGACCGUGGGACGCUAUGUUUGGUGGCGGUAAUUUGCCUGGCUUUGUGGCUGGUGCAGUUGCGUCGGCAGCAAGUGGUGUAUUUGCCAUCGUAAUGCUCCCAUCUCCUCCUCCGGAGGCCAAGGCGGCGGCGGCUGCACUUCCUCUCGGUGGCGGUUUUCAUUAGUACUCCGAGAUACUCUAGUCUUUCUUUUGUUAUUUUCCCUUUAAUUGCCCUUGUUUUAGUAUGUUAAUUAAAGAUAAUGCAUGUCUAUCUCAAAGACUGAACCUUGUGCCUCGCUCUGUAAUAUAAUGAGUGGUGGUGUGUAAGAAAGCGAAUUUUAAGCUUUUUCCUACCAAAGGUUUUACCAAAGAGUUCAUCGACAAUAUUGGAAAGUAGCUAGCUUAGUUAACAACAGUAUUCAAGUAUAGUUGGUUGUAUCUUGCAAGGGCAUCCCCAUCUUUGACAUUAUUAGAUCUGAGGAUUAUGUUAGUAAGGUUAGUACACAAAAUAACGGGAUUAGCACAAAUUUGAUACGUAUUGAUUGACG